UAUUAACCUUUUUACAGCAUCGUGUCUUCUAGAUACUGUUUAUAACUUUGAAAGUUUUGGUUUUGGAGGAUUAACACAAAAUGAAUAAUUCAUCUAGUAUACUUCUGUUUUCACUGUCUGGCUUUAGUGCAACAGUCAACUACAGAGUUACACUUUUCUCUCUCACUUUACUAUGUUAUUGUGCAAUUUUUGUGGUAAAUGUGUCUCUGAUUUUAACCAUAAUAUUGGAUCAAAACUUACAUGAACCUAUGUACAUUUGUUUGUGUAAUCUGUGUAUCAGUGGACUUUAUGGAACUGCAGGCUUUUAUCCCAAAUUUGCUACUGAUCUUUUUUAUAAUAUUCAUGUAAUAUCAUAUGCAGGAUGCCUUUUGCAAAUCUAUGUCAUAUACUCCUAUGCAAUGGUUGACACCUCCGUUUUAGCUCUUAUGGCCUAUGACAGAUAUGUGGCCAUAUGUCGACCACUAGAGUAUCACUCUGUAAUGUCUGUGCGAAGGACUGCUGUGUUAGUUGGUUUGUCCUGGCUUGUACCUCUGUGUGCAGAAGCCUUGAUGGUAUCUAUGGCAUCUGAAUUGAAGUUAUGUGGCUCUCACAUACAGAAACUCUAUUGUGACUGGUCAAUUAUUGAACUUGCUUGCAGUUCAAAUGGAGCAAUUGACAUAGCUGGACUGACUGUUACCUCUUUUUAUUGUGGCCAUGUUCUCUUCAUUGUGUGUUCAUAUAUGCAGUUGGUAAAAUCAGCUUUAAAAUCCAGAGAGGGCAGGAGAAAGUUUACACAAACAUGUGUGCCACAUUUGUUAUGUCUGCUUAAUGUCACAGCUGCUUUGCUUUUUGACAUUAUAUAUUCUAGAUAUGGAUCAACAUCUGUGCCACAGAGUGUAAAGAACUUCAUGGCCAUACAAUUUCUCAUAAUUCCACCUGUUCUCAGCCCUAUUAUUUAUGGACUGAUACUGACUAAAAUUCGAAGUAGAAUGAUAUCUUUGUGUAUGAUGGCAGGUCAAAGGUUUAAAUUGAGACUCCAAGUUUCAUUUGUCAGCAACUAAAUAUCACUCUAUAUAAACUAAGCACAUGGUUGUUCUGUGCUUCUCCAGACUUGUAGCUUUGCUGUCAGGCUGUUGUGAUGAUAAUGAUCUCUAAGCUGUUAUGUUGCUCUCUCAUUGAAAAAGUCUUUGGAUUUAUCAUUAUAGUUUUCUGUUUUGAGAUUUACCUUGUUUGUAUGAGUUGUAUAGCUAUAUCUUCUUCUGCUAAGGAUGUACAAAAAUAAGGUAUUUUUUGUUUUACUAUUAUAUUAUAUAAGUGUUUUCUCGAUUGGCCAUUAGUUUAAAAAUGCUGUUUAGCAUACAAGUUUAGUUCUGACUGUAAUCUUGCGCCAAUUCGUUCUCCAAGCUAACCUAUUAUAUGGUAGUAAUUUCAACAAUCUAUUACAUGUUAUUUUUUUCUUUAUCUUUGAGUAUUUUAUUGACUCCUGGUCACGGUUGUACAAGGGGACAACCAAAGUGUGUAAACAUGUGUUUCAGUAUUCUGCUCCUAGGAUCAGAUUUGCGCACUGUCAUCUAUUUGGGGUUAUGGGGGGAACACUUCCAGGUACUGGGAGACAGCGUGGGGGGUAUUUUGUCAUUGUCCACAGGAGUACAGUUUAUCUUCUUAGUGUUGUUAUUCUAUAUCUUUAACUUACAUACCUUUUGUUGUUUUCUUUAAUGAUAGCUUGUGCUGAGACAAUAAUGGCCGUGGUAUACAUACUUGAUUGAUAAUGCUGAAAUAUGAUUGGUGACUCGAAUAUAAAGAUAACAUCUUCGAAUGUGAGAGGUUUGGGGAAACUGGCUAAACUAAAACAGGUCAUGACUAGGAUUAAACAGCUUGAAGCAACAGUUAUAUUUCUACAAGAAUGUCACUUAUUAUCAAACGAUAUAAUAAAAGUUUGGAGACAUCCA